CAGUGAUGUACCCGACUAAGGCCAUUAGCGUCAAGCCCAUCAAGCCAGUCGCUUACUUGCUGCCGUCGACACCGGGUAUGCUUGUCACAGAGCCUUGUGGUGGGUUAUUCGUUGUUUUGCGAAAGACGGGGGUAAAUGAAUGAAGAGUGACUAAAUGUCGUCAAUGUGCAGCACAGCUAUACUUCUACAGUGAUAAUUAAAAAAAAAAAUAGGACUGCUACAGGACUGCUAUACUGAGCAUCCGCUAGUAGUUUGACAGCAGCGCCUGAGCGCGCGUCAUUUGCAACUUUUCUUCUGCACGCAUCCUGGAGGGGGACGCGCUACCCCGGAAAAGCGGCAUGCAGGCUAUCCGAGUUGGGCAUAAUCCGAAAAACUAGCAGCAAAUGGGUAUUUAAUCCCGAACCCCCGGUGGUCCCGCUCCUUUCUGUAUCUCUGCAUCUGAAAUCAAACUGCUGUUGGGUCGCCGUCACAAUGAACAAUUAUCAGCACACGCCAGAGGCUCCGUUCGCAUUGAGCAUGAAUGCGUACACGCCGCAACAGACCACCGAGAUUUGCUCUCGCGUGGGUACCAAAAAGGCCAACAUGAGCAUCGACAAGGUCUUCUUCAGCUCCUUUAUUGCCGGCUGCUACCUGGCGUUUUCAUCUUCAGUUUGCCUGGUCAUCAACACAUCGCCCUGGUAUCAAGAAAAUGCACCCGGCCUGAUUCGCAUGAUUGCCGCGCUCGUCUUCCCUCUCUCCCUCGUGAUGAUCGUCUUGACAGGCACAGAUCUUUGCACUGGCAGCUUCAUGUAUACGACGCUUGCAGCGCUCCACCGUCGCAUCAGUCCCGUCAAGAUGCUCAUGCAUUGGUUUCUGACCUUUUUUGGCAAUUUGGCUGGCUCUCUCUUCAUCGUCGGCAUCAUCAUCGGUUACGGCGGCGUGCUUGAUGACCCUCUCUACCGAAAGGAGGCCAUCGCAUUUGCAGAAAAGAAGGCGUACACUCCCCAGUGGCACCAGAUCUUUCUGCGCGCAAUUGGUGCCAACUGGCUCGUUUGCGUCGCGUGUUGGUUAGCCUUCCAGGCGCGUGAUGUUGCUGGUAAAAUUAUGGGCAUUUGGUGGCCCGUUUUUGCCUUUGUUGCCCUUGGAUUGGAUCACGUUGUUGCCAACAUGUAUUUCAUUCCCAUGGGCAUCUUUCUAGGCAGCACGCACAUUUCUGUUGGAUACUACAUUUGGAAGUCUAUGAUUCCAGCUGCUCUCGGCAACAUUGUUGGCGGCGGGCUCUUCGUUGCCGUAAUCCACUGGUAUUUGGUAAGCGUUGCGUUUCUGUUGCGCAGUAACUUAAAAAAAAAAACUUGUUCUAACUCAACGUUCCAGGAUCUAACUGGCGUGGACGAGCCCAUUGCCAUUGACGGCAGCCUGCACAAAGGAGAUCGCAAAGAUGAAAAUAGCAGCGUAGACGUUUAGCCUUUGUGCUUCUCGCGAAUAUAUUUAAAUCCAAGUUUAAUUUCAUAC